AUGGGAAUGAAAGCACGCUGCCAAUGCUCCAAGGUCCAAUUUACAGCCCCAACAGACAAACCCCUAAAACUAUGGAUUUGCCACUGCACAGAAUGCCAACACCAAAGCUCUUCAGCCUUUGGCAUCACAGCAACAUUCCCCUACUUCGAGCUCCCAGCCUCAACAUCAGGGCUGGUGAGCAGCUACACCCGGAUCACACUCAAGGGCCGUGAAAUGGAGUGUGUUUUCUGCAAGGGCUGUGGUUCACGGCUCUUCCAUCGUUUCCGGGAUUUCGUGCCUGCACCGGGUGAACAGCCUCAUUUCUCUGCUAUUACCAAUGUCAAGGGCGGCUGCUUGGAAGACCUUGGUAAAGACUUGAUGAAGUCUGCCGUUCACAUCUGGUGUCAGGAGGCCAUUAUUGACAUUCCUGAGGGCGUGGAGAGGUGGGAGGGAGCGCCUCCUCAGCCAAAUCCGUUGGUGAACUAG